AUGCAUUAUCACUCGAAUAAUAAAAGGGCGUGUCUGGAUCUAAUCGGUGGCCACGGGUUGGCGAACCACCAUUUGGGUCGGAGCAGUCCGGGCAGUCCACCGCCGCAACCGUCGCCCGCGCUUAUGAACGAAUUGCUGGCGAGCAUAGGGGCGGCCAAUGGGGGCCGUCUGUCCCCUUCAUCGAUGGCGUUGAUGUCAUCCCAAUUACAAAUGCAUCAACUGUUUCAGUCACAUGUGCUCAGCCCUAAUCAGUUACAAUCGAUCAUCCAGCAACAGCUCCUACAACACAAUAAGGGUGCUGAUGCGGUGAUACCACAGCUCCAGGAGCAAUUACAAUUGAACAUGGUACAACAAGGACAACUCUACAAUCAAUUGACAUCAAAU